CAGGAGAAGCAAACGGAACGCACUGCAGGUUCGCAUAGGCGCUGGGAGGCAUCACCGCCCCUCCCUACCAAGCUAAAAAAGCAAGCCUUGCUUGACUUGGCCUGUGCGGUUUGGAGCCCAUGCACCUCCUAUCUUUGCUCCGGAGCUCAUGCCCUGCCCUUUAAAGCAUCCAUCUCGUUCUCUGGGUGUCAGAAUUUGCUUCUUCUCCCAAGUGCGCGAACCAGCUCUAAAUUCGCGUUAGUUUGCUCUUCGCCAGCCGGGCGCCGGCCGGGGACGCGCCAAAAUUGAGAAGCAGCUCGGCAGAUAGAUACGCUUCGUUGCAGGCUUUGCCCAGGCCGCCGGCGUCUCGGCCCGUACAGCUCGCCAUGUCUUUCACCGGCACGCAGGACAAGUGCAAAACCUGCGACAAGACCGUCCAUUUCAUCGACCUCCUCACCGCCGACGGCGUCUCGUACCACAAGAUCUGCUUCAAGUGCAGCCACUGCAAGGGCAACCUCUCGAUUAGCAACUACUCGUCCAUGGAUGGUGUCCUGUACUGCAAGACCCACUUCGAGCAGCUCUUCAAGGAGACAGGGACCUUCUCGAAGAAAUUUCAAGGUGGCGCAUCGAACAAAAAUGACCAGGCAAAAGCUCCGAGCAAGCUAUCAUCUGCAUUUUGUGGAACUCAAGAUAAAUGCACAGCCUGCCAAAAAACUGUGUACCCAUUAGAGAAGCUAACGUUAGAAGGCGAGUCGUACCAUAAGAGCUGCUUCAAGUGCUCGCAUGGGGGCUGCAUCCUGACGACGUCCUCCUACGCCGCGUUGAACGGGAUCCUCUACUGCAAGAUCCAUUUCUCGCAGCUGUUCAAGGAGAAGGGCAGCUACAACCACCUCAUCCAGACGGCGCAGACGAAGAAGAGCGAGUCCGUGGAGGCUGCGCCGGAGCCACCGGUGGAUGUGGGGGCAUCAGAGCAGGAAGUGCCCCCGCAAGUGGCGUAGAAGAACGAAGAUAAUAGCAGCAAAGCAAAGAAACUAGAACCAUAUCUAUAUAUACGACAUCUGCAAUUUUCAGUUAGUAGUUUGCAAAAAUACAUUCUUCCCCUCCUUUUGUUCCGCCUCUGAAAGCUUGCUUUUUCUCAGUUUUGUUUUUGGGAUUGUAACACGUGCUGACUUGCUUGAUUCUGUAUGAGUCUCCUGAUUGGGUCCAUGAUGGUGCAAUGGGGAAUAUCGGUGUUAACAUUCU